AUGAGGGCGGCCCGGGCCGGGCCCGCGGCGCUGCGGCGGCUCCGCUCGGCCGGGGGGACCGCGGGGAUCCAGGGCACGGCGGGCACCCCGAGGCCGAGCAGCAGCAGGAGGAGGAGGAGGAGGAAGAGCCUCGCCAUCGCCUAUGAAGAGGGACAGGGCGAUGGGGCCGAGCCCCGGGGAGAGCGCUGGGAGCCGCCGGCCUGGCGGGAGCAGCUGGAGCGCAUCCGGGAGAUGAGGAGCAGCAGGGAUGCUCCCGUGGAUGAGAUGGGAGUGCACAAGUGCUACGACAUCAGCGCACCUCCGCAGGUGAUGCGCUACCAGGUGCUGCUGGCCCUGAUGCUGUCCAGCCAGACCAAGGACCAGGUGACGAGCGCUGCCAUGCUGCGCCUGCGCCAGCGCGGCCUCACCGUGGACAGCGUGCUGCAGAUGGAUGAUGAGAGCCUGGGACAGAUCAUUUAUCCCGUGGGAUUCUGGAGGAACAAGGUGAAGUACAUCAAGCAGACCACAGCCAUCCUGAAGCAGAAGUACGGGGGUGACAUCCCCAGCACUGUGGAGGAGCUGGUGCAGCUGCCAGGAGUGGGGCCCAAAAUGGCCCAUUUGGCCAUGCACAUUGCCUGGGACAGCGUGGCUGGGAUAGCUGUGGACACCCACGUGCACAGGAUCUCAAACAGGCUCAAGUGGGUGAAGAAGGAGACCAAGUACCCUGAGGAGACUCGGGUGGCUCUGGAGGAGUGGCUGCCCAGGGACCUCUGGAAGGAGAUCAACUGGCUCCUGGUGGGCUUUGGGCAGCAGACCUGCCUGCCUGUGAACCCUCGCUGCAGCCAGUGCCUCAACCAAGACAUCUGCCCAGCUGCCAAGAGACCCUGAGGGAUCAUCCAGCCUUUGGAGAGCCACCAAGCUGCUUGGGCUGAGUCCUGCUAAAGCUGGGCCUGGCACAGGGCUGGCAGUGUGACUGCAGGGGACAGCAGCCUGCUGCAGCAGCCCCAGGGAGCAGCCACUGGCAAUGGCUCAGCUCUCCAGAGGAAAAAGGGGCUUUGAGAGGCAGCAAUCCUGCUGGGACAGAGCUGAAGGCUCCAGCCUGGUGAAUGGCUGAGCAUGUGCCAGCUGUGCCACACUGAGUCACUGGAGAGGAAAGCUUUGUGCUCAGGGACUUGCUGCUGCUUGUAAAUACUCGUUUAAUAAAGGUGGUGAGGGGUUUUUUUGCACCCACGA